UAAUUAUCAAAAAAAAAAAAAAAAAAAGCACAAGCUGAAAUUUAAAACUUGUAACAGGUAUUGAAAGAAAAACAAGGGUUUAAACAAAUUUGCAGGAUUAUCUCGGAAACCCACUCUCAAAAAUCCACUCAAAUUUUGCAGCAGCAGGUGAAUAUGGGAGUAUUACAAAUUCCCGCCAUAACAGAGUUGCCUUAUCAUCCUCCACCACUACAACACUUGACUCAUGAGAAUAAUUUGGCUAACUCAAAUCUCUCAUAUAAAGCAAUCUUAGAACUCCUAAACCAAAAAUGCACAAAUUCUUUCGAAAAUCUGAAACAGACUCACGCCUUAAUCCUCAAAACCGGCUAUUUCCAAGACCACUACAUCGCAGGUUCGUUACUCAAGUGCUACGCCAAUCCGCAGUUCGGCACUCUACCGAAUUUACUACGCGUCCUGGAACAAGUUCCGGAGCCCAAUGUUUUCGUGUGGAAUUUUGCGAUAAAGGGUUGCCUCGAUCUCAAGCACCCCUCGGACGCCAUCUCGAUGUACUUCCAAAUGGUUAUUUCUGGCUCCAAACCGAACAAAUACACGUACCCUCAACUACUCAAAGCCUGCACCUUCGAACGAGCCCUCGACCAAGGGUUGCAAAUCCACAACCACAUCGUUAAAAACGGGCUUAACGAUGAUCGCCACAUCAUCAGCGCCGGAAUUCAAAUGUACGCCUCUUUGGAGCGCCUUAAAGAAGCUCGGAAUUUGCUCGACUCGAAUGGAAUGUUAAGAGAUACUAUUUGUUGUAAUGCUAUGAUCGAUGGUUACUUGAAAUCUGGUGAAGUGGAAGCUUCUAGAGAGUUGUUUGGGAUUAUACAGGAGAAGAGUGUCGGUUCUUGGAACACGAUGAUUAGUGGCUUAUGUGGCAAUGGGAUGGUAUUGGAGGCUAAAGAUUACUUCGACGAUGUGCCGGUAAAAGAUGAUGUCACUUGGAGUGCAAUGAUUGACGGUUACAACAAAAAUGGGUACUUUAAAGAAGCACUCGAAGUUUUUGGUCAAAUGCAAAGGGAAGAAAUCGAGUUAAGCAAAUUCGUUCUUUCUAGUGCGUUGGCUGUUUGCGCCAAUAUCGGAGCGCUCGAUCAAGGGAAAUGGAUUCACGCUUAUAUUCGAAGGAAAAAAAUGACACUUGACGAAAUUUUGGGGACUUCUAUGGUCGAUAUGUACGCAAAAUGUGGGCGUCUUGAUUUGGCGUGGGGUGUUUUCGAGAAGAUAAAGAAACGGGAAGAGACAUUUUGUUGGAACGCUAUGAUUGGUGGGCUUGCAAUGCACGGCCGAGCGAAAGAUGCUAUCGAGCUUUUCUUGAAGAUGCAAUGGCACAAUGUGAAGCCGAACGAGAUCACUUUCGUGUCGCUAUUGAAUGCAUGUGCUCACGCAGGAUUCGUGCACGAGGGCUUAAAGUUUUUCGUCAAUAUGAAACAAAAAUACGAAAUUGAGCCAAAAGUGGAGCACUACGGGUGUGUUGUUAAUUUGCUAGCAAAGGCGGGGUACUUCGACGAAGCGGAGAAUUUAAUCGCUACUAUGCCGAUGAAGGCGAAUAGUGUUGUUUGGGGAGCGCUCUUAGGCGCUUGUAGAGUACAUGGGAAUAUCGAGUUGGGGGAGAGAGUAGGUGAAAUUUUGCUCGAUUUAGAGCCCGAAAAUAGCGGUAGAUACACGUUGAUUUCGAAUAUAUAUGCAAAGGCGGGCAAAUGGGAUAGAGUUGAGAAGCUUAGAGUCUUGAUGAAAGAAAGAGGGGUGAAAACGAUAGUCGGGCGAAGCAUGAUAGACCUCAAGGGGGCCGUGCAUGAAUUUAAAGUGGGAGAUACUUCACACCCUCGGAGUAAAGAUAUUUAUUCGUUUUUGGAAAAGCUUAUUGAAGAAAUCGAGGUAAAAGGGGAUCAUCAACCGAAUACAUCGGAGGUGUUGUUUGAUAUUAGCGAGGAAGAGAAGGAGACUUCGUUGAAGUACCAUAGCGAAAAGCUUGCUAUAGCUUUCGGGAUAUUGAGCACUGAAGCGGGAGACACAAUUCGGAUAGUGAAGAACUUGAGGGUGUGCGAGGAUUGCCACUCUGUGGCGAAGAUCAUUUCUCGAGUGUACGAUCGGGAGAUUAUCGUGAGAGAUCGGGUACGUUAUCAUCAUUUUAGAAGGGGGCAGUGUUCUUGUAAGGAUUUUUGGUAGUUCAAAAUUUGAUGUGUAGGUAGGGAAUUGCUCUAAAAACAAUGGCGCAUUCUUGGAUUCUUGGAUUUUUUUAUAUCACACGUUCAUGGGUAUGUAUGAUUGGUACAUGUUUCCUUUGGUUGUCAAGAUAAAUAAAUAAAGACUCUAACAGUCUAACUGCAUAAUUGGAAGUUGAAACAUUAUUAAUAUAGGGUUUGGGAAGUCCAAUUA